UGGAGGUGGGCAAUAAUGAAUGAUGUCUUAUUAAAAACACUUUUUUUCUUAUGCCUUACUGGUCCGGUAGGAAAUGCUUCCAAGCAGGACACUGGCGGUGUAGAGGUGCCCCUUGUUGGAGAGGAGGAUGAAAAGAAGAAGCAGAAGAGAGGUGGCAGAGGACAGAUCAAACAGAAAAAGAAGACUGUCCCUCAGAAAAUACUGAUAGCUAAAAUCCCCCGUGAGAAGAAGAAAUAUGUCACCCGAGUCUGUGGAAUGAACACCUUUGACAUUGACCUUAAAGAGGCUCAGAGAUUCUUUGCCCAGAAGUUCUCCUGCGGCGCCUCGGUGACGGCGGAGGAUGAAAUCAUCAUUCAGGGAGAUUUUACAGAUGACAUCAUCAAUGUCAUUCAGGAAAAGUGGCCUGAGGUGGAUGACGACAGCAUUGAAGAUCUUGGAGAAGUCAAGAAGUGAAGACCCGACGUGCACUUUUACUGAAAAUGGAUGCAACAUGUAACAACAACCUGGCCAAAUGUACACAUUAACAUAAAAAAGGAGUCGUUUUAUAUCUAUU